UCGGCAGAAUUAACAGUUUGGGAAGAGACUUCGUUUUGAACACAGCACACAGAGCGGAGACAGCUCUGUGUGCGCAAACACAGAAACGCACUGACACACUCACAUACAAGCACAGGGAGAAAACGGGAGGUGGACCGAGGCUCCAGCUGUAGCAUGUCCACUGGCUGCAGUCAAACAUGAAGGAGGAGGAGGUGCUCUGCUCGGCAAUCCAUGUCCGCUUCAGUGCUCUAAGCACCUCCCACCCCCCCCCCUCUGAAUUGGUUGCUGAGGGGCUGGCUGGAGUGACCCGGGAGAACGUGAGACACAAGGAGAUGCGCUAGAGGGGGCUGCCAGCUGGGAGGAAUCUCUGAUCCUUGAUCCAUCCUCUUUUCCAUGCUGACAGAUACAAGGCAGACCUCUGAUUUGCCCCACAGAUGCAUGCCCAUAUAGGAGGGCAUUGCUGUGUAGACCAAGGGUCUUCAUAGAGCACAGUCAAAGACAGGACUACCACAGAGACACGCAGGGAAACAUACCACCAACCAGACACUUGUGUGUGUUUGUGUGUGAGGUUGGUGGGAGACCCGCUUUAAAAAAGGAACCUCCUGUCCACCAGUCAGCAUUCAGAGAUCGUGAAUGAUAGGGAAACAGAGAGCAGCCUUUGCAGUGCAACCCUGUCCCAUGCUGCUCCCUUCUCUCAGGGAAUGGCCAAGGUCCAGGAUGGACACACGAACGCAUGUGACAGCUCUGCAAUGUUAGAGGAGAGCCAAGAUGGUAUGGACAGUGGUACCCUAAGUCCUGCCUCCGCUCGACAGGUCACUAUCCAGCGCCACCCGACUCAAGGCUUCGGCUUCAUUGCAGGCAGCCAGAGGCCUGUCAUUGUACGCUCCGUCUCGGCUGACGGCCCCUCUUUUGGCAAGCUUCUCCCUGGAGACCAGAUCUUGGCCAUUAACGAGGAGACGGUGAGCGACGCGCCCCGAGAGAGAGUCAUAGACCUUGUAAGACGCUGCAAAGACACAAUAGUUCUCACUGUGCUGCAGCCCCAUCAGAAGCACCUCUUACACAAACCAUCAUUCAUUUUCACUAACCCAAGCUGUUUUCUCUCUCCCCAUCUCUUUCAGACAAUGCUCAAGGACGACUCCUUGCUACUCAUACCAAAUGUGUUGAAGGUGUUCUUGGAGAAUGGACAGAUUAAGUCCUUCACAUUUGAUAGCCGUACCACUGUUAGGGAUGUGAUCUCGUCCCUGCAGGACCGGCUCUCACUGCGCUACAUUGAGCACUUUGUCUUGGUGCUGGAAGCCGGUGGUCUGGACCAGAAUCAGAAGUUGCAUCUACUGCAAGACAACCAGCCUCUGACACAUGUGGUACAUCGAACCUAUUUCCAAGGGAUGAAGUGUCUGUUCCGCAUCUGCUUCUUCCCCAAGGACCCUGCAGACCUGCUGAGAAGAGACCCCGCCGCAUUUGAGUACCUCUAUAUACAGAGUCGCAAUGAUGUCAUCAAGGAGCGCUUUGGCAUGGACUGGAAAUCUGACAUCAUGUUACGCUUGGCUGCGCUUCAUAUCUACAUCACUGUGUCCUCCGCGCGGCCCAAUCAGAAGAUCUCUCUCAAGCAUGUCGAAAAAGAGUGGGGACUAGAGCCUUUUCUUCCCCUCACUUUGCUUCCAACAGUCAAGGAAAAGAAUGUGUGCAAGAGCCUGUCUCAGUUGCUGAAGACCUACCAGCAUCCGCCACCAUCAGGCAACAAGGUUCCUCCUCUCCAAGGAAAGCUGCAGUACAUGCGUGUACUCAACGACCUCCCACCUUUUGGUGGAAUACUUUUCCACACCGUUGGACUGGAUGAGAAACAAUCAGCUACAACACUACUGGUGGGUCCUCGACAUGGCAUUAGCCAUGUGAUUGACCUAAAAAACAACCUCACAACUGUUCUGGCAGAGUUCAGUAGGGUUGCCAAGAUCCAGCUCUACCGAGAGAGCCUGGGAGUGGCUCGUGUGGAGGUGACAAUCCAUGAGGCCAAGCCCCUGGUCCUACUAAUGGAAUGGCCUGAUGCCAGUAACUUUGCAUGCCUCAUCUCUGGCUACUACAAGCUGUUUGUAGACCCUAAACGGACCAUCUACUUCCGGACCCCUGGUCAGUCCCAGCUGACCAAGGCAGAUUACAGAAGCUCCCACCAUGCUCAUCCACGUUCUGGGGCAACCAGCUUGCCAAGUGGAGGGCGGCGAGGGGACGAGAGGGAAAGCUCACACAGGGAGUCAGGGUCUUCAAGGGCCAUAGUUCCAUCAGAGCCUCAGCAUCUGGGCCUGUGUCAUGUCCAUCUUCGAGAACAACAACAAUUUCAAGAGCUCCAAACAGCUGAAGCUGAAUUAGACAUCAAUGAAAACUUUAUUUCCCAUGAGCCCCCUGGGCGGCCCCGCACUAAGUCAGACCCCACCCAGCAGAGUACAGAGGAAAUAGCUGGGGUUUUAGAGAACCCAGCAGUGGAAAAUGCAGGAUUCAGAAUCCGAGCCCAAACAAUGGGUCAAUCCCAGAAAACCUCACGAUACUUCUGUGACUCCUGCAAAGCUAGACAUAGGGCAGAGGGUAUGUCAACAGCAGUGAGCAGUAGCGGGAGUUCGGGGAAGCACUGCUCUAGUGCUUGUGCCUCCCGAGAUGGAGGCGCUGUUGACCUAAUGGCCCUACCACCCCCAGGGAAUGAAGAGGAGGACGAGGCAGAGGGUGUCGGAGAGAAACUGCAACCACAACCACCUGCUAUUGCUGCCCCACCACCUGGCUUUAGGGACAACAGUUCAGAUGAGGAUGACCAAAAGAGAGGGCGGAAGGCUCGAACCUGUGCCAGCGCAGGGGUAGCAUCUGGGAAGCUGGCCCAAGCCAAGGAAGAUGUGCCUGUGACACUAAUUGAUAAUGUGGCCACAAGAACAGUCCAAGAUCAUGCCCAGGAGCUGGAUGAUGCUCUAGUUUCCACCUUACAGGCACUAGAGGCUCUGGCAGCCUCUGAGGACUACCCCCAUCACCCUCAACAGCCAACACAGACUGCAGGGCUGAUUGUCUUAGCUGCCAUUACACCCGAGUCAUCAUUGGACUCAGGCCACGAGACCAACUCCUCUGAAUUGACAGAUGUUUCUGAAAUGGUGUCGGCUAUGAAGCAGAACCAGAACCAGGCCUACCUGCUGGCUCACCAUAUCAACAAAGAACGUAUCCUCUGCCGCCGGGACUUUCCUUUGGCUAUCCCUGGCUGCACUGCAAAGACCAUUGGGACUGGAGCCUUCUCUGUGGGUCAGAUUCGUGCUGGCUGUCCACCCAAGCAAGUAAUCCUCAGCAAAACGGUUCCCUUUAAAGUCAGUCCUAGUCAAGACUCUGCAGUUCUCAGUGUUGUGACAGAGCAGGGGACUCAAGAGACUCAGACUGAACAGGAAGAAGAAAUUAAAGCAAACUCUGAGUCCACUAAAUCAAAUAUCCCUGACCCCCCUUCUAAGUCAUCUGAAGAGCAUAAAGUGUCUGUUGCUUCACUGAAAGCUCAAGUCAGUAAAGUACCGAAGUUAUCAAAUUCUUCUGAAGAGACACUGAGCCAAACUCUUUCUGUGGGUAUAAAGGAAAGGACAACAGCACCUCUUAAUACAGACCUUAGCAACAAAGCCUUACCCAUCCUCUUACCUGUGGACAGAAUUGCCUCUGCCAAGAUUUCUCCGACUAAAAUGUGCCAAGAUGCCAAGACUGCCUCUAGUGAGACCAUGAAGCCUUCAAGCUCUACAGAACUUCUGCCAGUUGAUGACCUUUUCUGCACAUGCCCAGUUCAAAAGGAGCCUGGGCCUCAACUACGACUAAAAGAUCCACAAAUUCAGAAGAUAGUGGUGUUUCAAUCCUCCACAGAUGACGAGCGUCUUCGGGCCAAAGGCCACCAGCUUGCUAACAGCAAAGAAAUUGCAGUAACAGUAGGAGCAGAUCCUAAUUUGGCAAAACCCAGCCCUCAAAUACAAACCAAGUAUUCCCCUCGUUUGCCUGUAAAAGCAGAGAGAAAAGAUGCAGCUGACAGCAAGACUGAGGGUGCCCAGGGAAAAUCCCUGCCCGAGUCACAGAAAUGCCCUAUAAAAUCCUUACCUAUUUUAGAUGAUCUAACAACAUCUAUCCCUCCCACAGAUAAGGUUUCCACUCUCCCAGCCAGAGACUCAAAGAAGCAAGGCGGUGGUAAGGGGAAGUCUCAGCGCAGUGUCCCUUUCCUGAGCUUUAGAAACCUCCUUUCAGCUACGUUCCCAGCAAGAAUGAGAAGAGAAACAGAUGAGCGAAGGGCUCAGUUGCAGAAAGUCCGUCAGUAUGAGCUAGAGUUCUUAGAGGAGCUGCUGAAACCCAAAUCAGCCCAGGGAGAAUUUUUACCCCAGGGAUCCUCCCCUGUGCCCUCGGGCACUCCUUGUGCCUGCCAGCUUCGCACCAGCCCUGUCCUAAAGGCUCCAGGCAUCUCCAGGGAGCAGCGACGCAGCUGUGACUGUAAGCGAAUGUGUAGGGGCAUGCGACUACCUGACACACCAGUUGGAUCCACAACAGAGACACCACACAGAGGCAGAGAGAGACCUAUCUCAAAAACUCCUCCAGCAGUCUCCAAAGCACCUCACACACAAGAUGCUUCCAGGAGACCUCAGACCUUAGAGAUCAAGACCACACGGAUACGUUCCACAAGCCUGGAGUCAAGAGAACCAAGGGGUGAGCAGGGUUCCUGCUUGCCCACCUGUACUUCUCAAACAGAUUGUACAGGAGAUCCGAAAUAUAAGAAGCUACAGAGGCGGUACAGCAUUGGAGAGCUGGAUAACAGCACUAGCACACCUGUGUAUGCUGAGGUAAGGCCUAAAGCCAAGAGUCUGGAGAAAGAGAUGGAAAGAGUGAGGGCCACAGGGUUGAGGCUCCCCACCCCAGUAGAGCCAGUCCACAGUCAGUCUCACCAGGCAGAGGGAAAGGGGAAAAAGUGUGUGUUUUUCAUUCAGGGAGAAGAGCUACUGCGUGAAAGUAAAGAAGGGACUAGCGAGGUGCUGCUGACCUUGCCCAGUGAAGACAGUGAUGACAAGGAUAAAUGCUGCUCAUUCUGUUUCUGCUACAGGAAGUGUGAGGCAGCAGAUGAAAGCAGUGAGAAGGAUGAGCUUUCAUACUCCAUACCCCUUCAGGUUCUUCCAGGCAUGGAGCUGGACUCGCGUACCUUUCCUGUAGUAAGCAAAACACUCCAGGUUCUUAAUGCAGAGGACUGCAGUGGGGAGGAAGAAGAGGUGGAGGAGGAGGAGGAGGAGCCACAGACCCAGCAGAUUGACCUAAGAGCCUGUGGUACACUGGAAGGGAGCCUAGCACGGGUACAGGCUCUACAGGGCAAAAGUUUUAGCUUGCCCGAUGGUUUCCUAAAUGCACAGUUGGAUGCUAAUGAGUUGCUAGCAAUUUUGCGUCAGUGUGCUAACAGCCCACAAGCUGAGGGCGAGGCUCGUCUUCAGCCCUCACAGAUUUCAGAGUACAAACAGGAGCUGGCGGUGCGCUUCAAAGAAUUCAGAGCAGCUUGUCGACGAGUGGCAAGCGUUGAGAAAAGCCCAACACGUAUGCUGGCUGUUGUCACAGCCAGCUUUCAAGUGUUGUGUGAACUUACUCAGACCUUCAUCAAAUUGGUCAGAGGGGUUCGUUCAGAAACCCAAAGGCUGCAGCUGUUGAGAAAAGUUGAGGAAGUAGCUAUCAACUACACUUUGCUUCUGCGUGCAGCAGAAGAAUCAAUGGGACACUCAAGCAGCUUGCCGACAAAGACAGUGAGCCCUCAAGUUUCCUCCAACACCAAUAACAUGAGCUCACUCACUCGACCCAUCAAAACUCUGCCUGCUCAGUAGGUAAUAAAAACCGUCCAGAAUGUGGGUGGCUACUCUGUCCAAAUUCAUUAUUUGUUUAUAGUUUACAUUUUUUACAAGACAUGCAAUGCAAGACAUGCAUCCUCAGUAAAAUUUGAAAUGCAGCUGUUCCAUCUCAUGUUUACAGGCCCUGAGGUAGCCUCAUGGAUCUUGUUUUGAAAUACAAAGAUACUCCAAACUAAUGCACAACGGAAUAAGAACCCUAUAACAGACUGGUUGAUACAGGGCUUAUCAUCUCACAUCAAUAUUCACAAUACACAUUGUCAUUAUAGUAUAAUAUUUUAUGUGUAAUAUAUAUUUGGGUUGUGUCUACUAGCAAAUAAUAUGUUUUGUGAAGAAAAAAAGUUAAGAAUAUAUUUGAAAUGUAUUGAGUUAAGAGAUCUAUAAAAAAGCUAUAAUAAAUCAUCAGAAAUACAUGUAUGCUCUGGACAAAAAUACUUUAAAGAUCUCGUCAAGUAGCGACUUCUGUAAAUUACGUAGUCCAAAGCGUUGGUUAGAUGGUGAUGUGUUUGUUUGUUAAAUUUUCUAACUGUUGUAAUGCAAAAUGGAGAUCUCUGUUGGCGAUGUUGACAAUGCCUGGCGUAGUGAUACAAGAGUCAAAAUGUAAGUGACAGCAUUGGAAAAUGAAAAGCGCUGAAAGACGAGUGUGACAUUUUAAACUAUAUUGACUGACAAGGGCCUAUUCUCUCACUAUAACAGGCAGACCAUGUAGCAGAGACCCAAGUCAGUCUUAAUCACUAUACAGUAAUGAGUAUCGUUACCUCACUCAGCUGAAGAGAAGGAAUACCCACACUGUACUUCAUAACGCACAGUGUAUUUUACACCAUCACUCACCAUGGCUCACUUGCACCUCACUUGUUCUUUUAAAUAUUAACAUCCACUUGCAAGUGAGUAGGCUUAUCACUAGAAUUUUGCACAACCUCUGAAAUCAGCUCUGAAGUUAAAAUGUAUCUUUUAAUGUUUGAUUAAGUGUUUUUUAUUCACUCUGCUGCUGAAAACCUCACUUGAGUCCACACCACCAGUUAUACAUAAGUCAUCACCUCAAAGCUAAAGCUUACCUGUUUCAAAAGGAUCCUUUGUUUUUAUUCAGAUUUUCAGAUACAGUAUAAACAAAUUUGCUUUCUAUGUGCUGUUAUACAUUGUGCAAUCUAGCAAAUAUAUAAGAAACACAAAAAGUAGUUUUCUAUGUAUUUUAAUAAAACUAAAACAUCUGUUUCCUGUCUGAAAUCUUCUUUGUGUGUCAUCCUCUUGUUAUUCCUGGAUAAUCAGAGAGGCGUUUUAGUUGAACUGGCCAAACAUGUAUACUGGACAUUCUGUUGAAAGGAACUGCUGCGUAACCAAAUGAAUAGUGACAACUGGGCUGCCACAAUACUCAAGACAAGAAACGUUAUAUUGCCAUUUCUUGCACAAAAAGGUUAAAAUACUGUAUAUGAUGUACACAGUUUUAGGAUACUUAGUGCCAUACGGUGCAUACAUGCAAAUGUUAAUUAAUAAAACAAUAUAAAUCAAUGGGUGGUUAUUUAAAUGCAACAAAUGUUUUUUAGCCAAAGUAUGGCUUAUCAAUGUCGUUAAUUUGAGCCACUUAAAUCCUUAAGUUUGUUUUAUUCAUAUUUUCACCUUUAAUAUUCAUCAAUUAAGCAAUAAAGCCACCCACGACAUAAUACUUUUCAUUUCACCGUGAGAGUUUGACCUUUAAUGUUAAAGAAAUCAUGAUAUCAACUUUGUUGUACUUUUUUUUGGUUUUAGAAUACAUUUGUAGUGUUUACAAGCACUUUUGUUUUACCGGUUUGUCUUUCACUGUUAAUGUGGCAUUUUCCAUAACGAUAUGCAGUGUUUUCUCUUUCAAUGCAGUGCAUGAUUUCCUUAACAUAUUACACUUUCAGGGUCCGAUACUUUGAACAUUGAAGGAAAUGAUUCUGUUUGUACAGAUAAUUUUCCAGUUCUAAAGGCCGUUGUGGCAAUAUGUUAAUGUUUUGCAAAUGAUAUUCAGUAUUGAAAUGUAUUCACUGUAAAUUGAAAUAGUAAAACAACAUAUUUGAGAGAAUAAGAAACACUUUCAAAACAUUACCUGUAACAUUGAGAUUUAACCAAACUCUUCACUCUUUUGUAAAAGGAAAAGAUUAAACAUGUCUGUAAGGUAAUUAUUUAUAGUAGUAAUGUAACAUAAAGACUAAUAGCAAAACAUAUAUUUUAAAGAGUAUAUUAUAAGUAUAAAGCAUGGGACAUGUUUAUUUUUAUAAACAAAUAUCAGACAAUGUUCUCUCAUCAGCACUUGAACAUUUUAACAUCCUGAUAAACAUUUUCUGUGGUUUUCAUUGUUUAGUUGCUUUGCUAAACUCUGUGGAUUUGUCUGUUUCAUUCACACGAUGAGCCUCAUGGCUUAAUCCUUAGUUUCCUUAUGUGCACGUAUUCAUUCCUGUCUUUAUUUACUGUCAAUGAUCUUGUCGUCACUGUGGUCUUCUGUCUGUGUACAAAGUUAACUCAUGUUUUAUGAGCAAUAAAGUAUAUUAUAU